CAGAAAGUGAGCGAGAAAGUUGGAGGAGCUGAGGGAACCAAGCUAGAUGAUGACUUCAAAGAGAUGGAGAGGAAAGUGGAUGUCACCAGCAGGGCUGUUAUGGAAAUAAUGACUAAAACAAUUGAAUAUCUCCAACCCAAUCCAGCUUCCAGAGCUAAACUCAGCAUGAUCAACACCAUGUCCAAAAUCCGCGGCCAGGAGAAGGGGCCAGGCUAUCCUCAGGCGGAAGCGCUGCUGGCAGAGGCCAUGCUCAAGUUUGGAAGAGAGCUUGGAGACGAUUGCAACUUUGGCCCAGCGCUUGGUGAGGUGGGGGAGGCCAUGCGGGAACUCUCCGAGGUGAAAGACUCUUUGGAUAUGGAAGUGAAGCAGAACUUCAUCGACCCCCUUCAGAAUCUUCAUGAUAAAGAUCUUAGGGAAAUUCAACAUCACCUAAAAAAGUUGGAGGGUCGACGCCUGGACUUUGAUUAUAAGAAGAAACGACAAGGCAAGAUUCCAGAUGAAGAACUUCGCCAAGCUCUAGAGAAAUUUGAUGAAUCUAAGGAAACUGCUGAGUCAAGCAUGUUCAAUCUCUUGGAGAUGGAUAUCGAGCAAGUGAGCCAGCUCUCGGCCCUCGUGCAAGCCCAGCUGGAGUACCACAAGCAGGCCGUCCAGAUCCUCCAGCAAGUCACAGUCAGACUGGAAGAAAGAAUCAGACAAGCUUCAUCUCAGCCUAGAAGGGAAUAUCAGCCUAAACCACGAAUGAGCCUGGAGUUUCCAGCUGACAGUACUCAGCCCAAUGGAGGCCUUUCCCACACGGGCACUCCCAAGCCUGCAGGUGCCCCGAUGGAUCAGCCCUGCUGCCGAGCUCUGUACGACUUUGAACCUGAAAACGAAGGGGAGUUGGGCUUUAAAGAGGGUGAUAUCAUCACACUCACUAACCAAAUUGAUGAGAACUGGUAUGAGGGCAUGCUGCAUGGCCAGUCGGGCUUCUUCCCCAUCAAUUAUGUGGAAAUUCUGGUUGCCCUGCCCCAUUAGGGUGUUGCGCUGUCUGGCUCGCCUACUCUUGACCAGAUAGUUACGGUUAACCACUGCUUUGGUAAUGCUGCUUAUAACACAUCCCAAGUGCAGGCCGCAGUGGUCCACGUCAUCCAGCCCCACCAAGUGUCUUCGGUUGACUUUUGUGCUCCCACAAGAGUCACGGUGAUGGGUGGUAUCUUCUUAGCCCGGUGGGCAUGGCAUGUGCUUUCUAAACACCAUCUGAGACCAGCCAGUCACAGAGCUGCUGUCGACACAGUUCUCAGGAGGCUAUGGUUUCUUAGAAUAUGACCAUCAGCCACAUCACAGAAAAACCAUCCUACCGAAGAUAUUGUCGAUCACCCAGGGGCCAGCUCCAGGCCUCAAGUUCUCCAUGCAAAGGGGAGAACAUUUUUGCUUUUAAACACUGUCCCUUCCCAAACCCCGGAGUCCCAGAAUUGUGCAAGAAAGCCUCCCUCACCAGCACAUUGUCUACUGGUCUGAAUGACUCCGUCUCCUGAUGCAGCAGUGGAAGAGUGUUCAUUGUGAGUUCAAAGCAUCCUCUGAAAACAGUCAUCUUUGUCCUUCACACUUAGCCUGUUUCCGAGGUGCAGCCUGUUUUCUUCCCUCCUUAUUAUUAAAACCAGACGGGUGGUUCCAGUUUAUUUUUAAGUAAGACAAUUAGCAGUCAGCAUAAUGUGGGAGAGGCUGAAAGGAGAAAAUUCUCCGUUGUGAGGAACUGGGAAGAAAUCUGGUUUCCAAGCUUCAAUUUCUUGCUGUACAGAAACUACGUAUGUAUUUAGGCCAUUUCUGAGCACGGGGAAGGGAGAACAGAUAUCUUCACUUCAGUUUUAUUUAUGAAUUAUAUGUUUCAUGCAUCCAUUUUGUCACAGAGACACAAGGAGAAAAACGCUAGUAACCACUUCCCACUAGUUCACAGUCCAAGAAUCCGUAAACACCUUUCCUUUCCACUUUUACCUUGUGUUCUUUGAACAUCAUUUGUGCAUAUUCUGCCCUCAAUGAGGACCAAAUAAAGAUGACUUUUGUGCUUAGCAGUUUAAGGUGUGUGGCUGCAUAUGCAAAACUCUCCCAGUUCCGUUGCUACUUUGACUUGUGUCCUUCGAUUCCAUCUUCAUUUUGUGCACAGUGCUGUGUGUAAGCCUAUCGGCGUUUUUUCUCUUUUUUCUUUUCUUCUUCGUAUCAGUCAUGAAAGUUCUGUUAGGCCUCCAGAGUUCUAUUUAUCUAGCUGUACAGACUCUUCCGAGGUUUAGUGUGCUGCUUCCAGUGUGCCACCCUGGGUAGUGGAUCCUGUGGCGUGAAAGGCAAAUCUUUACUGCUUCAUGUGUAAACUCUCUCAUCAUGGGAAGCAUCGCUGUUUCCAAUAAAUAUUGCUCAAGACGGAACCGAA